AUAAUCAUGUUCCUUAAAUCUUGAGUUGUUUCUGAUAAAUCUUGUUAUCAUCCGAAGAUUCAUCUUUUGGUUAUCAUGUCUAUUGUUGAAAAUGCUGGUGUGACAAUGGACUCCUCUGAUCAGAAUUCAAACAACAACACAGCUUCAUUAGAAGACACAAAAUCACCAUGUCCUGAUGAUCAGAAACUUAAGUCCAGUACCUCUGUUGAAACUCCAAAUCUCGCAAACGAAUCGGUCCAAAGAACCAGUGAAGUGAAUCCCAAGAGUCAUUUGAAUCCAUUGGCUAAGGAAUUUGUUCCUUCGUUAAUUGCUCUGUACCACUCUGAGUUCUUAAGAAAUAGAUUAUGGUUUGCUAACAAUUUCCCAAUGCAAGUUAUUUCUAUUGAGGAAAAUGUCCGUUUCACUACAAGGAGAAUGAACUUUAACCAAGGGAGACGAUGGACGAACAGAAGAACAAACUUUGGUCAGAAUGAAGAUGUAAUCAAGAGAACUGUAUAUGUUUCAGACAUCGAUCAACAAGUUACUGAGGAGCAGCUUGCAAGUCUCUUUUCUUCUUGUGGCCAGGUUGUUGAUUGCCGUAUAUGUGGUGACCAUAAGUCUAUUCUCCGAUUCGCCUUCAUUGAGUUUACUAAUUCAGAGGGAGCUAGGUCUGCUUUACGAAAAUCGGGUACUAUGUUCGGUUCUCAUGCUAUUAGGGUACUUAUCUCGAAAACAGCUAUCGCGCCUGUUAACCCGUACUUCCUUCCAAGGUCUGAGGAAGAGCGAGAGAAGUGUGGAAGGACUGUUUAUUGUACUAACAUUGACAAGAUGGUCACUCGAACGGAAAUGGAAGAUUUCUUUAAAACAGCUUGUGGGGAGAUUCAACAUUUGAGCCUGCUUGGAGACUCUUACCACCAAACCCGCAUUGCUUUCGUCGAAUUUAAGCUGGCAGAGAGUGCAUUAUCUGCUCUUAACUGCAGUGGUAUUGUCUUGGGAGGGCUCCCAAUAAGGGUAAGCCCAUCAAAGACGCCAGUGAGGCCACACCGCUCUGAUAUAAACUAAAAAGCUAUCGCACUCUGAUGAAAGAGUUCUAUUCAAAUACAAAGAUUAUGUUGUUCAACAGCCUGCCCUCGGUUAUAUUUGAACUAAUCAGUAACUUAGGCUAAUCUUUCUCCUUUCUUCUAUUAAUUUAGAACCAAACUGAUCUGUUUGUUUUUUUUCAUAUCUUGGAAACAUCUCUCUGGUUAUCUUUGUGGAUCAUACAUAUUUUAAGACCCCUUUUGGAAAAACUAAACUUUUUUUUUUUU